UGCAUGUCUUGUAGAUAAAAAUUGACGUCCUUAUCACACGAGUUUACUAUAGUGGUCCAUCGAAAGAGUUUCAAAAAACUCAUUCUACACUUGUGAGUUGUGAUGACAUCGUUUGAGAUGGAGGGCCUCAUAACUUAUGAUGAGGAUGGGAGUGUUAGGUUGCUGCCCGGCUACCAGUUUGAUCCUGAUGGUGAGGUUCUUGUGGAUUUCUACUUGAAGAGGAGGGCAUUUUCUCAACCUCUUCCUGUUCAAAUAAUCCCAGAAUAUGACGUGUUUCAGAGUGAGCCUUGGAGGCUACCUGGAGAUGGGAAAAAUUUUAAUGAACGAAAAUGCUUCUUCUACAAUACCAUGGGUCGUGACCUUGAAAGCCUUGACAUGAGAUUCGCAGGGAGUGGUCGAUGGAGGAUUGUGGAGAAAGGAAAUGAUAUUUCUAUCCCUCGAAACAACUACUUGAUUGGAAAAAGGAACACCUUGAUUUUCUGGGAGGUGCAAGGAGCUUUUUCUAGGAGGACCAAAUGUGUGAUGCAUGAGUUCCGCCUUGCGUUAGUAGCUAACCCAUCUAAGAUGUCGAACUGGGCUGUGUAUCGUAUAUAUAUGAACAAAGAAGAAGAAACAGUGAAGAAUGCAAGAGGUUCGAAUGGGAAGAGUUCCAACAUUGGCGAAUAUGCUACGAGUGACGAGGUCAUUGAUUUCAAUGAGGAAAGUGGUAAAAGAGGAGCAAGUUUGAGCAUGUAGGAGGGGACUCUCUCUGGCAUGAAACCUAAAUUCUAGACCAUGAUUCAAUAGCCUAAGCCCUCCCACGCCUUCGCGAUACAAGCACGAAUAUGAUUUACAAGGCCACCAUACGGGUGAAACAGA